ACCUGGCAAGAACUGGACGCCAUGUCGGUAGCUGGAGCUGGAUGCCAUAUCCGUAGCUAGAGGUGGACGCCAUAUCGGGAGCUGGAUGCUAUGGUGGUAGCUGGAACUGGACGCCAUACGAAUGGCUGACGGACAACAAUCUAGCCUCUCUUGGACACUUCAACUUUUCUAGUGCGGAGCCAAGACAAAUGAGGUUCAAGAAGCAGACGACGCUGCGUGUGGCGGUGGAACACUGGGAACCUCAUGUCAUAGUCCAGGAACAUGAGGGCAUCGUCACCAUCAGUGGACCCAUGGCACACCUCCUCACUGUUCUUUCUCGCGCCAUCAAUUUCAAAUACACGCUUGUGCGGCCUCCGGACGGUGCGUGGGGCGCUCCUGACAGUAAUGGCGUCUGGAAUGGCAUGAUUGGAAUGGUUAAGCGCAACGAAGCAGAUCUGGCACUUGGACCCUUUGGCCUUACGGGAUCACGAGCGGCGGUGGCAGAGUUCUCACAGCCUAUCAUAAUCGACUACUAUAGGAUCUUGGUUAAGCGAGGCUCGGCCAAACCCGAUCCUUGGAGCUUUCUUAACCCACUGAGACCCACGGUGUGGCUUGGGUUCCUCCUGUCCUUCUUGCUAGUAUGUGUGGGGCUCGCGGUCGGCGUCUUCCUGGGCUGGGAAAGGAAGAGAUGGAGCAGCUCCAGAAAGCUCUCCCUUACCUUCGUCUACUCAUGGGAACAGUUUGCCAAUAUGUGUCAGCAGCGCACGCUUCGCAAUCCUAGCGACAUAUCGUUAAGGAUGGUGGUGUGUGUGUGGCUGCUGGCGUUGUUGGUCAUCUUAAGGAGCUACUCCGGGGCUCUCACCUCCCUCCUGGCCGUCAGGCAGAUCCCUGUCAAGAUCGACACACUCAGGGACCUCAUCGACGCCAAGGAAUAUGGUCUCAUCUUUGAGACGUCUACGGCAAUGUCAGUGUAUAUGAAGGAGGCAAAAUCAGGAAUCUUCGCCGAGUUGGAGAAGGUGAACAAGAAGGGUCGGUCUCAGUUCCUCAUCUCCAGCCUCCUCUUCAACGCCGCCUUCACUCUGGUCAGGUCCAAGAACUACGCUCUUCUUGUAGAGGAGACUACCAUUAAAAAGAUUAUAUCCGAUGACUUCUCCAGCAAAGGGAGGUGUGACUUCUACAUGGCCAAGGAAACCUACUUUCCCCUCAUCUUCUGCAUCAUCGCCCAUAAAGGCCUACCCAUCAUGCCCGCCGUCAAUUUCUGGAUCCAAGCCCUGGUGGAGAACAACUUGUACAAUGAGUGGAUCGGUAGGGAGCUCCAGAAUGCCACCACCUGCCUCAAGGCUCCCACCACCAUCACAGUCAACGAGCCCUACAACAUGAAAGGUCUCUGGGGAGUGUUCACAAUGCUGUUCACUGGACUGUGCGCCUCUACCAUCAUGUUCCUGUAUGAGCGUGUAGCUCACUGCUGCCCCACACACCAACACUCACACUGGUGAUUGACUAUAUAUUGUUGCCACCAGUGAUGGAUUAUUGGUUAAUCAUAAGUUUCCCCAUCAUACCUCCAGUGUGUUCCAGUUGCCAGAACAACUUAUCUAUAUAAAAUAAAUAAAUCUCAAUCUAUAUAAAUAAACAAAUAAAAUAAAUAAAUAAUAAAUUAUGUAAUAGAACUU